GGAAGAUGACUUGUCACUGUUGUUGUGGAAGCUGUCAGGCACGUGAGCUGUGCUACGUCGUCGUAAGUGAUAACAGGCGAUAUGUCGGCUGAUACUCCUCCCAAGGUACUGAAAAUGCACAACUUAUGGAAUAUCUUUGCGUCAGCUUUUUCGUAUUUAUAUGUAUCUAUCACUAAAUGUGAAUAUAACUGUGGAUGAAGUAGAGUCCGUUGAUACAGACGCUUGAUCUGCACCACUGUGUUGGUGGUUUCCAUCAGAUGUUUUUCUUGCUAACUAGCUAGCUAGCUAGUUGGCGUUAGCUAGUUUACCACCCACAGUGCCACGAAAGCAUAUUAAUAUAUCUCGGUAGUUUAAUUGUAUGACCCCGUCUGUGUUGUACUAUCAGUUUCUAGUUGCAAGUUGUAAAAAACAACCAUAAAUCGGCCGAGUGACUGCUCAGUUAAUAUCUUACUAACGUUACCUAACUAGCUCAUUGCUGGUCAAUGGCACUAACUAACUAGUUAGCUUGCUAGCUAACGUUAGCUAACCUGGUUGGCUAGUUGCUUCAGUUAUGGAUUCCCUAACUAGCCAUCUAGCUACCCUCCCACUAAAAUGACUGGUUUUUGACAUUGCCCUCAGAAGUACAUCUAUUACCUCACUGUUCUUUAAUAGACAGCUACCUCACUGUCACGUGAGAGCCUAACAAACCAAUCAACGCAAAUGUCAAUAAUUAUGUUUCAGUGAACAUCCGUCUCGUGUCACAAGUCUCGUUGUUGUUGGCCAGUGCACUUGGAUGUAACGUUGCUAUACUGCUAGAGAGUGGUGGAAAAAGUACCUAAUUGUCAUACUUGAGUAAAAGUAAAGAUACCUUAAUAGAAAAUGACUCAAGUAAUACUGAGUCACUCAGUAAACUACUACUUGAGUAAAAGUCUAAAAGUAUUUGGUUUUAAAUAUACUUAAGCAUCAAAAGUAAAAGUGUAAAUCAUUUUAAAUUCCUUAUAUUAAGCAAACCAGGCACCAGCAUUUUUUUUUUUUAAUUUACAGGUAGCCAGGGUCACACUCAACACUCAACAUUAUUUACAAAUAUAAACUGUGUGGUUCGAGCCCUGAAUGCUGAUUGGCUGAAAGCCGUGGUAUAUCUGACCGUAUACCACCAGUAUGACAAAACAUGUAUUUUUACUGCUCUAAUUACUUUGGUAACCAGUUUAUUAUAGCAAUAAGGCACCUCGGGUGUGUGUGGUAUAUGGCCAAUAUACCAUGGCUAAGGGCUGUAUCCAGGCACUCCGCGUUGCGUCGUGCUAAGAACAGCCCUUAGCCAUGGUAUAUUGGCCAUAUACCACACCUCCUCAGGCCUUAUUGCUUAAACAAAGCAUGUGUGUUUAGUGAGUCCGCCAGAUCAGAGGCAGUAGGGAUGACCAGGGAUGUUCUCUUGAUAAAUGCGUGAAUUGAACCAUUUUCCUGUCCUUCUAAGCAACGAGUACUUUUGGGUGUCAGGGAAAAUGUAUGGAGUAAAAAGUACAUUAUUUUCUUUAGGAUGUAGUGAAGUAAAAGUUGUCAAAUUUCAACAGUAAAGUAAAGUACAGAUACCCCCAAAAACUACUUAAGAAGUACUUUACACCACUGCCAACUAUUGGUGGCUAAUAUUUUUAGUAAUAGUGAAUAUUUUUACUAACAGAAUGUCAAUGGUAGGCUUUUAAGGCUAUAUAAAAACACUUAACUAGCUAAGUUGUGUUGGAAUAAUGUCACCUAUUCAUAUUCCUGCUGUAUUGUCUUUUUCUUCAGGUGUUAUUUGAAAAUGAAGGUGUUUUCAUUCACUCAAACACUGAAGACAGUGAAGAGCAAGAUCUGCUUGUUUCUGGGUUCCUACGGAUUAUUGAUAAGGUAUCAGUUGUUGAUUGUGUUUAUACAUUUAAUUGCUGGUUGCAUGAAUGCUUAUUGUGUUUUUAAUGAUUACCAGGAUGGUGAAAUCAUCGUGGAAUACAAACCCUUGGAGGACACUGUUGAUCCAUCCAACAUGCUCUGUGCUGGCAAGGUUUGACAUUUCUUUUUUAAUGUUUUACUCACUAAAAUGCUACUCAGUUGUUCAGCAGCAGUGUACGUUGACCACCAUGUAAAUUGGAUGGAAAACCGGUAAUGCAUUUCAGAUCACAAGUAUUAAGGGUAUUAUCUUAAAGACCUUUAAAGAAGAUUUGUGUGUAUUUGUCAAAAUUGUCAACAAUGGCUGAUAGGGUUAGGCUUCACAAACAGCCGCCUUUGAAGAACCAUUCCAUGAACGUUCUUUACGAUUCAGCAAAUUCCAGAAUUCCAACAGUUAACAACACCUUUCACACAUCUGUUUUAAGAUUCUAGAAUUUGAAUGAUAAUGAAAGGUAAAGACUUGAAUCAUGUUAUUUACGAGGUGAAUCCAUUCCAUUCCCCCAGGAUUCCAGCUCUGUGAUGGAGUGGGCCCAGUGUCCCGGGGAGGAGAGGUCACCUCCUCAGCAGGCUGUGGUGGAGCAGAGCUACGAGACCGAGUGGGACAUGAUCAACGCAGUCUCCUUUCCCAAGAGGAAACCCUGCUCCAACGGAGAGGGUGGGUGGACAAUUGGGUGCAUUUGUUGUAGGCGGGCUGAGAUUUCACUUAAAUACCAAUGGAAUGCCUCCUACAUGUAACAUGAGCUUUGUUGCUGAGGCUGGGUUCAGACGUGUUCACUCGACACACAAGUUCAAUUACAGCAGAAGUUGACUAAGUUGUGUGAAGUGGGAUUGAUAUGUUAUUAAAUAGUUAUAAUAAUUUUGGGGGUGUUUAUAUUUGUCCUCUUACACACUAUAAGGAUAUCAUGGAAAUGCAUUUCUUGUAUAGCCCUUCUCCUCCUGAUAUAUAUGAAAGAAUGAGAAUCUCUUGCCAAGGUUUGGGCUUUCCUUUCUCAAUCUCCACUAUGGUUUAUUAAGGACUGAACGUAGUUUGAAUUGCAUGUUGACUCAACAGAUGAGGUCAGAAUGAAACUGUGGAUUAAUUCCUUUGCUUUCUUCCAGGUGUAUUGAAACACACGCAUGAGAAAAGCAAGUGGUCCUUCACCUUCAGUGUGUGGGACCUGAGGUCUAUCACAGUGAAGGAGGAGGGCUGGUCCCGCCUGGUGUUCAGACUGAAGGAGCCCCCCACCUCACUACCGUCCCUCCACUUCCACCAGGGGGGUAGUGAAGACUUCCUGCACUGCCUGAGGAGAUACACCGUUAUCACAGAGUGAGUCUUUCAGCCUGGUCUGGUCUGUAUGGUCCAACUGGUUCUGAAAUGGAAAUAGUGGUUUGACGAUUGAUCAAUCAGUCAAAUUGAUUCAUCAGCCGUUGUCACAGUGUUCUAUAGUAGACAACAGAGAGCCAGCAGGAGCAGACGUGGUCAGGAAAAAGUCGCUAGCAAGAAGAGACCUAGAGAGGAACAAGGAUCAGACGUUGAUAUAUUCUGAUUCCAUCUGAUACCAUGGUUAUUGCAGGAGUACAGUUUUGUUUCUAAGUGGAAUCAUGAAUGCUAAAUGACCUCUGACAAUGUUAUGUAGGCCAGGGAAUGUGACUGUAGUGGACACUGUGUGGUAAAUCACCAGCAGAGGGAGCUUCUGAGCCCAUUUGAAUCACAGGUUGAUUUUGUUCUUUAUUACUACGGUAUGUUCUUCCAAAGGACAGUGAAUGGUGCACAUGAGUGACAGUGUGGACAAUUACUCAAAAUAAAGACACUGUAUGAGUGUGUAUGUUUACAAUCAGUCUAAGAAAACAGUAGUUACACAGUAGCAUUACAAUCUUAUUUGUGGGGGAUAAAUGCCAAAAUUACCUCUUGUAGCAAUGCCCACCAUUAGACCAGGGGUUAAUUGGUAGGUAGAAUUCCUUAAGCUACCGGUCUUCUUCCUCUAUUUGGCUCAGACAAUAAUGUUUUUUUAUUUUAUAAGCUGAAACACUGCUGGACUUCUCAUGGUGUUUUUUUAUCUAUAUGCUAAUGCUAGUGAUUUGCAUAAGGUGUAUGGCAAACACUUAGUUUCCCUCUCCCGGUCCCAUCUUCUGUCUGACUUACUGACUGAUGUUGGGGUUAGCGGGCAGUUUCUCCUCAUGAAAGAGUCUGGUUUUCUGUUUGAGGCAAAUAUCACAACAGAUAAUUCCCCCUAUAUAGAGGCACUGUGCUCCUCUAUCGCAGAUAGCUGUUAUUAAAGUUCUUAUCAUGGCUGUUCAUAAUGAAAUUGUUUGGAUUAAGUGCCAGCCGGCCAUUUUCAGCCAGGCGUCUGGUUAGAACAGAAACAGGCGAUGAAUGACAUCACGCCCUGUACCAUGCCUUGUCUCACAUUGUAUGUCUUAUUUUGGGGUGAUUAACCCUUUAUUCAUUGGCGUGAAUUUGAAUAAUAUUGAGGCUCCCAUGGGCUUUGCAUGACAAAGAAAUCACUCAUCAAUCACUCAAAUUUUUUAGGUAUAGGGUAUAUAUUGUGUUGUUCUGUCCCUCCCCUCAUAUACAACGCCUUUAUCUGAAACGGAGCUCACUUGAUAGGGAUGGAUCUCUAGUUAUAGGCUGAUGAGAAUGAAUAAAUUAUCUAUUUCCUCAUAUGUUUUUAGGGCCCCAGAUGAUGAAACCUGCCUGCUGGUCAGCACUCCCAACAGAGCUCUCUCUCAGUCCUUCGAGAACCUUCUGGACGACAACAACUACGGCCUUGUUACUGUAAGGGGCUGCUAUGUGUCGUGCAUAUACCUGUUAUACGAAUGGCACUUACCUGUAUGGAAAAUAAAUUACUGUAGCAAAACGUUUUGCACCGAAUGUUGUUUUUGUUGUUAUUAGAUAAUUUCAGGUAGUACAUCUCUGUUUCGGUGAGUUAUUGCAUAAUUAUUUUGACCCUGUUUCCCCAACAGAAGCUGAAGAAGGAUCCCUACGUGACGACCCUGGGCGGCUUCUCCAAGGUCACCAACUACAUCUUCGAUGCGUUCCGCGGCCCCGAGCUGGAGCAGCAGCAGCGGCCCCCGGAGGAGGUAGCUGACCUGGACAUCCUGGGACUGGGAGAGGUCAUCCCUGGCCUGGAGUUCAACCAGCAAGAGGAGCCUGGCUUCGAGGUUAUCACCAGGGUGAGUAGUAAAGUAAAACUAUGGGAGCAUUCAACAGUUUGGGCUAUCUAAGCCUACAGUAUCUUUAUUUCAUGACUUGUCUUGUACCUGCACGUUGCUGUAUGUGCGUACACUACAUCUGAAGUGAUUAGUGAGAAGAGGCCUCCCUGGUCUGACUACGGCUUUAGCUUCCGAGGCAAGCCAGCAGCUAGAUGCAGGGUGUAAUGAUAACGGCUGCUGGCACAAUAGGUGUCUGUUGUCUUCAGCUUGGGUUUGUCUUUUAACGUGGUUACAGUGCAGAAGAUUGCAUUGUCUUAUUGGUUGGCGUUCUGUUCUGUCUGUCUCAGAUGGACCUGGGAGCCAGGCCAGAGGUAACAAGGAGGGAGGCACUGUCUGCAGAGGACUGGGCUAAGCAUCAGGACCAGGAAGGAAGGGUGAAAAAUGUCCCUCACCUCAAGAAAAUCAUAUUCAAAGGCGUACGUUCAGUUUUUAGGGGAUUUGUAAAAUGACCUGAAUGAUGAAGCACCUUCUCUAGUAUAUCUCCGGCCAAACUCUCUGGGACAGUUUCCCAGACACAGAUUAAGCCUAGUAUGGGACUAAAAGGCACUUUAAAUUGAGAAUCUCUAUUGAACAUGCUGUUUAGUCCAGGGCUUAAUGUGUGUCCGCAAAGCUGGCCUUCCGUAUACAUUGGUGUGUGGUAACUAACUGUCAAUGACCAUUCUGGGUAUGUCUGUAAAGUCAUUCCUGUCAAUGUUGUGUUGAUCCUGCAGGGCUUGUGCCAUGCGGUGAGGAAAGAGGCCUGGAAGUUUCUGCUGGGGUAUUACUCCUGGGACAGCACCUACGACGAGAGGAAAGGCCAACAGAGGAGGAAAACGUAUGUGUGCUUUACCAAGACCGACACUAUAUAUGAAACAUACAUGUUUUUAUUAUAAGACAGGAAUAGCCAAGUGCAGAUUAUGAGCCGUUUCAUUACCAUCAAAGUGGCUGUUCUUACAAUGAAGGUCAUAAGGUCUUUGUUGACAUUAUCCUUUGUUAACCAGCAGAGCCAUAUGCAAGUGUGAAAUAUCAGCAAAUUAAAAUGUAAUUCUGAAGAUAUUCUCUUCCCUCUUUUUCUUCUUCUCCCUGGUGAAAAAGGGAUGAGUACUUCAGGAUGAAGCUCCAGUGGAAGUCGGUGAGUGAGGAGCAGGAAAGGAGGAACUCCAGGUUGAGAGACUACAGGAGCCUGAUAGGUAAAAUAUUGAUACUCCAUCUACCCUGCUGGCUUAGGAAAGUUGUUGUUGAUGAUUCAUUUAUUGGCAUUUUGUCUGUUUCAUCACUUAUUGCAUUGUUUUUACUGUUAAGUGUGUUGUGAUUUUAAAUGCAGAUACAUUUUGUUCAGUCUAUUUGUAAGUCGCUCUGGAUAAGAGCGUCUGCUAAAUGACGUAAAUGUAAAUGUUCAGGGAUGCAUCUGUAAUGACUGCAUUAGCAUGGUGUACCUUUCCUGAACUAGGCGUAGUACGGUUGUUUAUUUAUUGUCUGUGAAUGUGUUGUCUUCUCAGAGAAGGAUGUGAACAGAACAGACAGAACCAACAGGUUCUAUGAAGGCAUAGACAACCCAGGCUUGGUGUUACUUCAUGACAUCUUGAUGACUUACUGCAUGUAUGAUUUCGAUCUGGGUAAGUUAUAGCAUUAUUGCCAAGACGUGCAGCAGAGAUCAUAAUUUAUAUGUGAAUGAAAAGGUAAUCUGAUUGGCAUAGAUGCAAUCGAUGUCCCUUAUUGAUAAUUAAGAAAUUAUUGUAAUUCACCCGUGGUAACAGCAAUCAUGAGCUGAUAACAACUGCAUAUCAGUGCGAUUUGUUACGUUCACCUUAAUUAACGUUGUGGGAAUGUUUCCUUGUACUUGUCUCCAGGGUAUGUUCAGGGAAUGAGUGACCUCCUCUCCCCGAUCCUCUAUGUGAUGGAGAACGAGGUGGAUGCCUUCUGGUGUUUUGUCUCCUUCAUGGAUCAAAUGGUAAGUAAUCAGAUUAGCUUUGUUUUGUCUGCUGCUGUUAGUUUGGUUUAGUUUCGUCAAUGUGAACUUUGAUAUGCCUGAGUGUGACCGUUUCAUCACUCAACAAUAACGUGUGUGUGUGUGUGUGUGCGCGCAGCACCAGAACUUUGAGGAGCAGAUGCAAGGCAUGAAGACUCAGCUGAUCCAGCUCAGCACUCUGUUGAGGCUGCUUGACCUGGCCUUCUGGAACUACCUCGGUACGUAACACACCUCAAACAUUCACCUUUAUAUGACCAACUUACAAAAGUAUUAUAUACGUCUUUUAUAUCUUUAUAUUUUACAUGAAGCCAUAAAGAUUGAGGCAAAUCCUGAAAAGAAAACUAAACAAAUAUGCAGAUUAUCAACCAAUACAGCAGUCUUUUAUAGUUUUAAUUGAGUUAAAAACAACAACAUAUAUAUUUUUUAAGAAAGUAGUGACUGACUACCAUCCUUGGUUCCGUCUGAUUUCUCCUCUGUGUUUUAUUUGGUUCCUCCAGAGUCACAGGAUUCAGGUUACCUGUAUUUCUGUUUCCGGUGGUUACUGAUCCGCUUCAAGAGGGAGCUCAGUUAUCCAGAUGUCCUUCGUCUGUGGGAGGUGAGUGCUGUUCAUCCAUCGACCUCUGACCGAUCAGCGUAAGUGUCUCCCUUGUCAUUUAGGGGGAAGUCAAUCUGUCAGUCUCUUAUGAGAUUUGUUUCAUUAUUACUUUUCUUUUUGACUUCAUGGUUUAUCUUUAUGCAUUCUGAUGGAUCUUGUUAAUAAAGACUUCCUGGUUCUGUUCAGGUCAUGUGGACUGGCUUGCCCUGCCAAAACUUCCAUCUGGUGGUGUGCUGUGCCAUUCUAGACUCAGAGAAACGGAAAAUCAUGGAGGAAAACUACGGCUUCAAUGAGAUCCUCAAGGUAACAGCUGUUUUGCAGAUUGACUGGUUUGACAGUUGACAAUAAGAAAUCUGACACAUUUUCAAGGUGGGUUGUUUGGAGUGUUUUCCAAGUUAUUUAGUUUUAAAUGUCAUUGUUUUGUAUGUUAUCACAGCACAUCAAUGAACUAUCAAUGAAAUUGGACAUUGAAGAAAUCCUUCACAAAUCAGAGGCUAUUUGUAUGCAGAUCAGAAGUUGUAAGGUACAGUAUGUUCAAGGAUUGCUAUUUAUUUAUACUUUCAAUUAAAAGCCAAUAAGAUAAAAACUAUGCAGAUUCAUAAUUACAUAUUGGUUGUAUAUAAUCUAUAUUUUCUUUACUUUCAGGAUUUGCCUCAUUCAAUAAGUGAGAUCCUGGGAUUCAACACAGAAAGCGAAUUUCCCAGAUUAGAAGGGAGGGAGUUUGGGACUCCUCUUGAUUCCCCUCAGUCCCCCAUACCCACACAGAGACAGGAGGUCUUCUCGAAUGGUCACAACAGACAUUACAGAGAACCCCCUACUCACAACGGCUGCAAAGUUGCCUUCAUAUCAUAGUGAACAAUGUCAUUCACACAAACAGACUUUGCAAUGUCCACAUACCAGAAAGAGUAUUUUGGAUUCAGUUAUUGGAUAAGUUGGUAACUGAAGCCAGCUUAUCAAGUACCUAUAAGAAGAAAUCUGAAGAGAAAAUAAUGUAAAAAUGAUUUUAAAUGAUUCAAAUUGUAUUAUUUUUGUAAUUUCUUGUACCAUAUUGUCUUUCAUUGAAAUGGUAAGUCAUUCCUUCUCCUUGCUAAGGAGUUUUUGUAAAGACAGGCAAGGUGAGUUUGCAUUGUAAAGUAAUAAUGUGCUGUUUUUUAUUUCAGCUAUAACCUUUUCCUGAGUCAUGCACACAAGUAUUCAAAUCUAGUCCUGGGAAUUCAAUGUUGAUUGAUUCAAAUUUGAAAAGUUAAGGAAAGGCCUACAGAGUUAAGAUUUGUCUGAAUAUUAAUUUGGUAGUAAAUGACAAAAGGGCUGUACAAUAUGUGUUGUCUUGACGCUCUGUUAUAAAAAAAAAUAUGAAGAACAAAAUAACAACUCAACCAAUAUGUCCUUGUUACUCAGCUUUCCCAGUGAAUUAAAAUAAAAGUAUAGCCUUUGAUUGUGUACUCAAACUCCAGUACUAAUGCAUUUAUUUAGGUCCAUAAGAUUGUAUCUUUUCCUAGUGAGGAAAGAUUUAAUUUUAACUAAUUUCAUAUGUAUCUGGUAGUGUAUUGAUAAACCCUUUCUGAGUAGAAGUGCUGGUCUAGGAUCUGGUCCCACCGCUGAGACACUUUAAGAAUACACACACAAUAAUACUAUUUGAGCAAGGUUGGGUCCGGUCCACCCACAUCACUCGUAUGUAACAUUUUCCUGUAAGACAUCCUUUGACCAUAUUUGGCAGAAACUAAACCUGAUUUUGGGCUCCAAAAUAUCAAUUAUAUUACAAUUGUGUUGACUGUUUAUACCAUAAUUUCUUAAUAGUAUAUUUUGCUUGUUUUCCAACAUAUUGAAUUGUGGACUGUGUAUCUGGCCCAGGAAGAAAACAGUAGUGAGUUCUUCAGAACUCAUUGAGUUGUGGCCUAUUACUUAAGGCAAUAAAACCAAUCCUUUAAGAUUUAUUUGAACUUAUCCUGUUGAAUAUGUGACUGAUCCUAGCCAAAUGACUAAGAAGACUAUGUAUUUCUACUGUUUUCGUUAUGGUCUAAAUUUAAACAAGUUGAGAGACUAUUUUUAGUGAUUUGGCUACACAUUUGUCAUUUCAUCGUUUGAUAAUGCACUUGAACUUGGAUUAAGAAUAAAUCUCUAUCUUCCCUUUUGGAGUUACUUGA